AUGACUUCCACCGCCCGAGCCGACGAACUCCGAUCGAUCCUUCGCGAUCGCGACGAGACUUACGAGCGUGAGACGCACGUUCGGAGCUCUUUAUCGGCGAUCAAUGCCGACGCGGAGUGGCGAGCGCUGUACGACGAGUUGAAGACUUUGGAGCUCGAGCUCGCGGGAACACCGAGACGGGGGUUCUGCCUGGCGUACGUGAAGCGCAAGCGACGGUACUGCGCCUACAGGGCGCGAGACGGGGGGACCAUGUGCACGCUACACCGCGAUCUAGAGGAGAGCAGCGACGGUGGAGGCGAUGGUGAUGGUGGCGGCGGCGGCGGCGACGCCGACGGCGCGGCGGCUGUGUGUCAAGCGAUAGAGCGCACGACGUUAGCGAGUGAGGGUGAAGCGACGUCGACGACAUUGGUGAACGUCACGAGUGGUAAGAAGAAGAAUAUAAAUCGUCGGAUGAAGAAGAUGACGAAUCCGCUCGCGGCGCCGUAUCAGACGCCGAAGACACUCGACGAAGCGCACUGGGCGAGAGUAUUCGGCGGGUCAGACGCGCUGAAGCGGCCGCUUUUGGUAGACAUCGGAACGGCGAAAGGAGGUUUUAUCAAGGCUUUGGCGAGAGAGCGCGCCGACGCGUGCACGAGGGCGAAAUCGAUCGAGUACAAUCUCGUCGGAGUGGAAAUUUAUGAGCCACUAGUCAUCGCGGCUAACGCAUGGGUGCAGACGAAUCGCGGUUCGCUCAAGCGACGUGCGCAUUUCGUGCACUGCAACGCGAACGUGUCGCUGAAGAGCUUAAAUCUACCCAACAUACGAGCGAUUUGCGUCCAAUUUCCAGAUCCGUGGUCGAGAGCGAGGCACGUCGAGCGGCGCGUCAUGACGCCGGAUUUCGCGCGUACCAUCGCGGAUGUGUUGCCGAGUGGCGGUGAAUUAUACUGUUGUUCAGAUGUACGCGCGCUCGCUGAGGAGAUGUACGACGUUGUCGCGGCGAACGAUGAUUUUAAGCUCGACGAGGUGACGUACAAACGUAUCGGCGAAAUGGCUGAACCAUCGGAAUCAAUGCCAUUGGAAAACGUGCCAGAGUUGGACGAAGCGCACAAGUACGAGUGGAAAUCUUUAUCUGACAUCAAGUCCGAGGAAAACGUGCAGCCGUCGUCAAAGAGGCGGUGGUUGAGGGCGAAUCCCUAUGAUGCGCACACUGAGCGCGACAUCGUGUGCGAGGGGAAAAUCAGACCGGUCUAUCGCUUCGCGGUGAUUCGCGCGUGA